AUGGUCUUUGCCGAGCAGAGCUUCUCAAAUGGGGGGUCCUGGAGCAGAAGCCUCAUCAUCAUCUGGGAGCUCGUUAAAAAUGCAGAAUUCUGGACCUUCCCUGAGGCUUAUGAGUCAGAAAGUCUGGGGGUUGAAGGGUCAUCCAGCCAGAUUUCCGUGCUGAAACCUGACCUUCAUCUUACUCAGAGCUAUGUGCGAUGCGGUCAGAGCUCCCGGGUCUCUGGAGCCUUCUUGAUUCCCACAGAAGUGCCCACACACAAGGCCACUCUCUCCAGAGUCAGAGGAGAUGGCAGUGAGCGGACGAGUCCCGGCUGUGCGGAGUCACAGGCCCAGCUCCCGCUCCAUCCCUUCCCACAGCAUCGCUGCGGCGCCCGAAAUGAGCCCAAGCCUCCUGUGCCUCCGCUGCUCCUUCUGAAAAGUGAGGCCACUUAG